GAUAGCAUAGCCCCACUUAUCUUCAACCAUGUUUCAUUUAACGGCCACUGGCGCCCUUUUCCGUCAACAGAAAAAAAGAGUAAAAAAUAAAAAGCAGCGGCGGAGCACGGUUGGGCUAUCAUGCUCCUCACACCACCCGAUUGCUUCUCCACGCGCCUUCGCCUUCGCAUUCACAGACCCACUCUUCCCUUCCCAGGUUCCUCGAGUUUCAACUCACUCACCAGAACUCGAACGAGUCGGUUCUGUAAGGCGAGCCUUAUCACCAGCUCUGACUCGUUCGAGGUGGGCCGACUCAUCGGGAGCUAUGGCUUCAUGAAUGUAACAAGCUAUUCAGGGUUUCCAUCUGGUGUAGAUUCUGAAUACUCAUCUGGAGGUACGGGGCAAUUGAGGAUUCAAGAUGUGGGAGAAGGCAGUGUAAAGAUCAGGCUUUAUGAAGGGAGAGUCUCUCAAGGUCCCUAUAGAGGAAUCCCAGUUCUUUUCAAGGUAUAUCCUGGACAACGAGCUGGUGGAAUUGAGGCUGAUAUGAUGGCUGCAAAUGAGCUAAAUGCUCACAUAUAUCUUCAAAGCAGUCCCAAGGAAUUAAGUCAGAAUAUUUCGAUACUCUUAGGUGGUUUUGAGACAAAAACUGGAGAACAGUGGCUUGCUUUUCGUAAUGAUGGGAAAUAUAGUGCUGCCGACUAUACUAAAUAUGCAAGUGACAGAGUGUUAAAUAAAGUUGCUUUGGGUGAAUCAUCUUGGAAUCGUUUCGAAGAAGAGGAAAAAAUCAAACGCAGAAGGAAAUUUGUAAUCAAACUGUUUCAGGGAGCUAUGAAAGGCCUAGCUUAUAUGCAUGAUCAUGAUAGAUUACACCAGAGUCUUGGACCAUCUUCUAUUGCUCUAAACACGAUUGCAGAAAGAGAAGCAGUUUACUUGAUCCCUCGACUUAGAGAUCUAGCAUUUUCUGUUGAUGUUAGGUAUUCAUAUCUAGAAGAGGCUCCUGGAUCAUCACUCUCUGAAGGACUUUGGAGACGAGCAUCUGCUGCUGGUGCCGUCACACCUAUGGAUAAAAGAACAUUCGGAAUAGCAGAUGACAUAUAUGAAGCAGGUCUUCUUUUUGCAUACUUAGCUUUCCUUCCAUUUUGCGAACCUGGCAUAAUGGAUAGCCUCUCUUUGCAGAGGCUUAUAGAAAACACUUUCCAGCUGGAUAUUGAAGCAACAAGAGAAUACUGUUUAGCAGAUGAUCGAUUAUUAGAUGCAGUGAAGUUUCUGGAUCUUGGAGAUGGAGCUGGUUGGGAGUUACUCCAGGAUAUGUUGAAUCCUGAUUUUCGAAGACGACCAAUUGCAGAAGCUGUUCUGAAUCAUCGAUUUAUGAGCUUGAAUUCUCGUUGAUUGUUAUAAGAAUUCAAAUCAACGAUAUUAUAUAAAUAUAUAUAUUUAUAUAAGUACUCAUAACAUUAAUAAAUAUUAUUUAUCCAUUA